UUCUGAGUAAUAAAAGGAAGUAAUCCGCAUGAGCUAUCAGAAUUAUAUACAGCAGUACUCAUGAUUAAUCAACAAUAGUAAACAAACACUCAGUCAGACAAAGUCUCCAUCAUUUCAAAGGCGCAAAAUUACUUCAAAAUCCAUAGGGUCAAGCAUACAACAGCAUGUAUUCAUAAUAUCCCAUAGAAACACUUCUCAAAACAUGAACUAAAAGUCUAAAACUAAGCAAGCAAUGAGAUUUCAACACAAAUGCAAAUGAAAUGACAGAGCUGCAAAGAAUAAAUAUAAAUUUAAUCUCAAGUCAAUGGACUGGCCUGCAAAAGGCGUUAAAGUUUGGUAUGACACUAUAUUUUUUUCAUAGAAUGGAAGAAUACUAACCCUUCCUACAUACAAUACAAAGACUUUAAUGGCUUGGCCGAGACAUACAAAACUAACAUAGUGAGACAAAUAUGAUAUGGAUAUGACAUCUUGCUUAACGAACAUUAAAAAUAUAUAGUGUAAUGGUUGAUGACAACGUAGAUACCUCAGGCAACCACUAACUAUGUAUUUUCCUUUUAUCACUUAUUAUAUUUCAACAUGUGGGGGACUUCACAUAUAGAAAUAUAUUGAAUAGAUAUGUCAAUGAUUGCAUUGCACAAUUAAAUGGUAAGAGUGUUGAUUGUCGUUUCCACCACUAACUCCAAACUAGCUACUUGCAGGAAUUAGCUUAACGUAAUGGCUAAGACGACGUAGAUACCUCAGGCAACCACUAACUAUAUAUUUUCCUUUUAUCACUUAUUAUAUUUCAACAUGUGGGGGACUUCACAUAUAGAAAUAUAUUGAAUAGCUAUGUCAAUGAUUUCAUUGCACAAUUAAAUGGUAAGAGUGUUGAUUGUGGUUUCCACCACUAACUCCAAACUAGCUACUUGCAGGAAUUAGCUUAACGUAAUGGCAGGCUCCAAUCUUUUCAUUCCUCUUGCUUUAGUCCUGCCUCUCCUUAUCCUCAUAUUAAUUCUCAAACAUUUCAAAACUUCAUCAGCAAAGUCUCUUCCACUUCCUCCAGGUCCAAAUCCAUGGCCUUUAGUAGGCAAUCUCUUUCACAUGGGAAAGAUGCCUCAUGUUACUCUAUCAAACUUUGCCAAAACCUAUGGCCCUCUCAUCUCUCUAAAGCUAGGUACACAAACCAUGGUUAUUGCUUCAUCACCCGCUGCCGCCACAGAAAUUCUUAAGACCCACGAUCGUGUUUUGUCAGCUCGAUAUGUUCCUCAAGUGAUGCCACUUGAGAGAUCAGAACUGAACAACAUAUCACUCGGAUGGUCAUUUGAAUGUGGUGAAGGAUGGAAGUAUUUGCGAACCAUUUGUCGAAGUGAGUUGUUUUCAAGCAAAGCUAUAGAGUCUCAAGCAUGUUUAAGGGAGGAAAAAGUGAUGGAGAUGGUUAAAUUUCUAGAUAGAAGGGAAGGCAAGGCAGUGAAUAUUGGAGAGAUAGCAUUUACUUGUGUGUACAACAUGUUGAGUAAUGUGAUUUUGUCAAAAAACAUUUUCAGCUUUGAGAAUGAUAGUUGUGAAGGAGAAGAAAUGAAAGCACUUGUAAGGACAGUCAUGGAGACAGCUAUAUCUCCAAAUAUAUCGGAUUUCUAUCCGAUUUUGAGUGGAUUAGAUCUUCAGGGAAUAAGGAGGAAGAGUAAGAAAGUGGGGGAGCAGAUUAAUGCUUACUGGGCUGCCAUCAUCAAAGAAAGAAAAGAAGCAAAAGAAAAUUCUUCUUCAAGAGAUGGCAGAGAUUUUCUUGAUGCUUUGAUUGAAAAUAAUUUCAGUGACGUUGGUAUCAAUAGCCUUCUUCAGGAGUUGUUCGGUGCUGGAACAGACACAACUAGCUCAACAAUUGAAUGGGCAAUGGCAGAAUUAAUAAAGAAUCCAGAAUCAAUGAAGAAAGUCAUACAAGAACUGGAAAGAGAAAUUAAACAAGAUGUGGUGAAGGAAUCCCAACUACCUCAACUAACUUACCUACAAGCAUGUGUAAAAGAAACAUUAAGGCUGCAUCCUCCAGCGCCACUUCUCCUUCCUCACCGCGCACACGAAUCGUGUCAAGUGAUGAACUAUUCAGUUCCAAAAGACUCUCAAGUACUUGUAAACAUUUGGGCGAUUGCACGAGACCCUCUGUACUGGGAAGAUCCACUGACAUUCAAGCCAGAACGGUUUCUCGGCUCAACAUUGGAAUUCAAAGGUACUGAUUUCGAAUUUCUACCAUUUGGUGCAGGGAGAAGGAUCUGCCCUGGACUACCAAUGGCCGCAAAGCAAGUGCCGUUUGUCCUUGCUUCGCUCAUCCACUUCUUUAACUGGUCCCUUCCACAAGGAGAUGAUCCCAAAACGUUAGAUAUGAGCGAGAAGCUUGGCAUAACAUUGCAGAAAGACAAGUCUCUGUUUCUAGUUCCCAGUCCUAGGGUUGGAAAAUAAACCGAGUGCCCGCUACCUUUGCUUCUUAUAGUUGUUCUGUCUUUCAACUACGGCAGUAAUUGUUCAGAUUGUUGAACCUUGUGGGCUCUGACUGUGGUGUUUCCUCUGAAACCCGAACGUGUUUGUUCAUUGCGUUCCAAGCGUUUGAUUGCUUACCUGUAAUUGUUCAGACUUUUGAUCCUUGUGGGAUCUGAUUGUGGGGUUUCCUCUGAAAUCCGACUCUGUUUUUAAAUUGUCUUCCAAGUGUCUUAUGCGAGUGGGCUGUUGUGCGCUCGAUUGGUUGACAGAGAUUUAGAAGUUGACACACAGACUCGCUAGCUUGGGGUAUUGUUUAAAACUCCAAUAACAUCAAGCCAUCUCUAUCAUUAUCAACCUCGAAUAUACUCUAUAUAAGGUUUCCAAUUUUGUGGCUUCGUUUGGGUUCCAGCGAGCUUGAGGGAAGGGAAAUUAGAGAUGAAGUUUUGUUGUCUAUCAUUUAGGUGCUCUAGUUUUCGAUUUGGUUUCAGCUCUUCUUUUUUGGAUUCUUUGGUGAUUAUUCUCAUUUGGGUGUUAGGAAUUUAGCUAAAGGGUUUUGGGGUGUAUUUCAAAAGUGUCUUGGAUUUUGGUUACUUUUGGUGUGAUUAGAA